AUGGCGAUCGACCACCUGGAAACAACCGUCGUCGACCUCUUCGAUGCCUGGGCGACGAGCACACCAACGGCCACUGCAGUCGAGUGGAACGGGCAAAGACUUACUUUCGCCGGCCUACGAGACGCAUCACUCCAUGUCAGCAAAGCUCUGUUGUCAGUUGGCGUUAGAUCCGGCGACAAGAUUCCCAUCCUUUCCCAGAUGUCGCUGGAGCUGCUUCCCGCAAUCUUGGGCGUUCUCAGAGUUGGCGCUUGCUACGUGCCCAUUGAUAUGGCAGCCUGGAGCAAGGCGAGAAUCGACGCUACGCUCGAGGAUAUCUCUCCGCAAGUGGCCAUUGCGACCAGUCAGCCGGACACACGACGCGUGCCAGUGAUUGUAUUUUUUCAAGAGCGAUGGCUUCAAUCGCCGUUCGACGACACAGAUGAUACUUGCAGCCAGCUGGACGCUAUCCGCCGGAGUCUCGACACAAAAGCACUUGUCUAUAUCACCUUUACGUCUGGGACCACGGGAAAGCCAAAGGGGGUGAUGAUAUAUCAUCGAGCGCUCCAUCAGUUUGCCGCACUGAACACAGAUAAUACUCUUGACAUAACCCCUGGCGAACGUGUGUUACUGGCAUUCUCCAUCUCGUUUGACGCAUGUGCUGCCACUAUCUGGGUAACACUCACAAGGGGCGGAACCUUGGUCAUGGCUUCAUGGUCUACGUUCCCUGAAAUUGCCACUACCUGCAACACUCUGAUACUAACGCCGUCCAUGUUGGCCACGUUGGAUCCAGCCGGACCCUAUGACAAAGUCCGCACUAUCUAUUUGGGUGCCGAAGCCGCCAACUUUGACAUUGCGCGUCAAUGGAUUACGCCUACGCGGGAAGUCAUCCACACCUACGGUCCAUCAGAGGCGACCAUCGCCAUCUCUUACGGGAGAGUGCCUGAAGGGACGGAGCCUGACCUGGGUGUAAUCAAUCCUGGAGUGGACGUCUUUCUUGUCGACGAAAAUUUGCAAGAAAGCGAUAUUGGUGAGAUAUUGAUAGGCGGUCCAUGUUUGGCUGCGGGAUACCUGAAUAAUCCCGAGCUCACAGCUAAGAAGUUCAUUGACUGGAAUGGGAAACGCGUGUACCGGACUGGUGACUUGGCACGGAGAACCAAAAAUGGACUAUCAUGGGUGGGGCGAGCGGACCGCAUGGUAAAGAACCGAGGUUUUCAGGUCAACUUGGAGACAGAAGUGGAGUCGGCCAUGCUACGCUUCACCGAUGUCCGAGCAGCUUCCGCUUUCAUGUGGCGUGGUAAGCUUAUGGGAUUCGUCCAGCCGGCGACUGUCAAUCUCGAGGAGCUGCGGGCAUUCAUGAGGGAGAACUGUGACCCGUUUGUGGUCCCGGACGAGAUCCUGGCGUUGGACCAAUUCCCUCUCACAGCACAUGGAAAGGUCGAUCGAGCUGCCCUGAACGCUCAGUUAGAAGACAGAAUGUCCAGAGAGGACACAGAUCUGGACACCAUUGUCUGCACCUCCCCCUAUGAUGCGCUGCGGUGGGCUUUCGCCAAGUGCCUUCAAGUUCCUUUCAGAGAUCUCGACAGGACAUCGUCUUUCUCCCGACUCGGAGGCAACUCGCUGGCGGCUAUACGCCUGUCAAAGUUUUUGAGGCAACAAGGUUACGACAUCCCCAUCUUGCACAUUCUCAGGGGAGACACCAUCGACUACUUGGAAGAGAAGCUCACAAAGAUCGACGAACAAAAUGCGGCGCCGGACUCCAACGGUACACUGCAGACUGAGUCUGAGGCAGUGCCAGCUACCGACAUGCACAGAAUUAUGCUGACCCAGUCUCAACGUAACCCGAUAGUUAAUUGCCUGGUAGGCAGAGCCAAGUUCGCGGGGCCACAAGAUUCGAUCCCAACCCCAAGCGAAUUGCAAGUCGCCUGGACCGCCACUCUUGCGGCCCACAGCAUCUUCAAAACACGAUACGACAUGCAAACUUGGACGCUCCAUGACCUUGACCGUGUCAACCUUGACUGGGAAGAAGUCAGCGUCGACGCCGAAGAGUUUGACAACGCUCUCUUGUCCGUUGACGAGCAGCUUUGGGCACAUCAGCACAGUCUCCAGCGUCCCAGUCUCGAGGUUCCAUAUUGCCACAUUACCUGCGUCUACGCACCCAGCCGCAAGGCCAUAGGUUUCGUCUGGCGUAUACACCACGUUCUCGUGGACAUAUUCUCAUUCAUUAUCCUCAUGCGUGACUUGGAGCGAGCUUUGGCGAACGAGAAGGUGGCACCCGGACCUCGCAUUCAAGACUACUCGCGCUUCAUGCAAAAGUACAAGAAAGACAAGCUGGGUACAGCUACCGAGUUCUGGACGCGCAUGAUGAAGCCGCUUUGUGAACGGUCUUUGUUUGACUUUCGACCGCCGCAGACAUCCUUUGUGGGCAACGCCUGGCGGGGUCUGCCAUUCACAACUCGGGAGACUGUGGAGUCCAUUGAGGCGUCAGUGCGCUCGUACAACAUCUCAAGCGCGACAUUAAUCUUCGCUGCAUGGGCACUAGUUUUGGAUAAGUACACGCGCUGCAGUUUUGUCUCAUUCUAUCUCAGUCGCUCCGGCCGCAUGGUCCCUUGGCCGCAAGCACCCUCGCUUGUAGCGGCAAUGAACUGCCGCGUACCGUUUGCCACGGGCGUUCCUGCAGAAGCAGCCGUACAUGAAUGGCUGGCGGAGAUGCACAGUACGCUACUCACUGUUGCGGAGCUUGAAAAUCUGUGCCAGUCACUUGACAGAUCGAUUUAUCCCGAGGAGUAUUUCAAGACGGCUGUGCAAGCUUUUCUCUACAUGCCCGAGUCACCGGCCAGCUGGGAGGUUCACGACAGGCUUACUGGUCAGGCAGACCAGAUAGGGAUGGUCUGGAGAGUUCAGCCAACAGGUAAUGGGGCUGUUGAAGCCGUGCUGGAGAUUGACCAGAGAGUUGUGGACAUUGAAUGGGCCAAGGAAGUGGGCACAGUCGCUGUGCGGAUGCUUGAGGGGCUGACAAAUGCCCAGAGGGGGACCCAGUUGCGACAUCUGACUUGA